AUGCUGCGCCCACACCCUUGGCCCCGGAUAUCCCGAGGUCUCUCAAUCUUAGGUUUAGAUGUGACUUCUUCCCCGUCAGGGACUGGAAUUGCCCGCCGCCCUUUCACCCAAACGCCCUCCUGCCCCGCAAAACCACUCCCGGCUCGCCUGAAGAUCAACGAUGCCGACCUGACAAUAUCCUACCUCAAGGGUACCGGCCCGGGCGGCCAGAAGAUUAACAAAACCAACUCCGCCGUCCAAAUCAUCCACGCACCAUCUGGCAUCGUCGUCAAGUGCCAGGCGACGCGGUCACGCUCGCAAAACGAGAAGAUUGCACGCCAGCUACUGGCGGAUAAAGUGGAGGUGCAGGAGAAGGGGGACCAGAGCCGGGUUGCGCUAAAGACGGAGGCGGCGCGGAAGAAGAAGGCGAGUAGGUUGAAGAAAACGAGGAGGAAGUAUCGGGGUCUGGAGAAGGAAGCGGAAGAGGAUGGCAGUGGGGAUUUGGAGGAGGAGGGUGUCGAAGCUGGAGUUGACGAACGAGAAGCACAGGAGGGGAAGUUGGAGAAGGGACAGUCGACGUGA